UAAGUCAUCACAUCUUUGGGUCAAUCACGAAUUUGGAACAUCCGGUUCCAAAUUACGGAUUACACAGACCCUAGCCUCUUCCCCAAAUCCCAAUUCUCCAUUGCUUUAGAAGAAUCACACAAUGGAUCUAGAGAUUGUUGGUCGUCACGCUCUCUUUUUCGACGAUGAUUCGAUGGCAACGUUUGUCAACUCUCCGACGGCGCUCGUUGACUGGAACAGCCUCUUUAUUGACCGCUACGAUGUUCGUCAUCUCCUCUCUUCUCCUCCUCCUCCACGUAUCAAACGCCGUCGUCCGAAUUCAAACGAUGCUGACUUGGAAUCGGAGCUCGAUCACGAGCGUUAUCUAGAUUUACCGUCGGAAUCUCCAUCUCCGUCGGAUGAUGAUGAACACGAUAUGAAUGAGGAUUCAGCAAAUACAAAUGCGGAUGGUUAUCGUGCUGUCUCUUUUUCAUAUGGAAGCUCUAGUGAUGUCAAUGACCAGAAAAAUGCUGCUGAUAUGGAAUCUGGAUUUCACCCGCCUUUCCCCGUGCCUGAUUACUUACGUCAAAACCUGGUAAGUUAUUGCUUUAGAUUGUUCCCUUUAGCAGUAUGCUAGUUUUUGCUAACUUAUUUGGUACUUAAACUGAUAUUGGCCACGUAAACAUCUGAAAGGUGCAUUUGUUAUUCUAAGGACUACUAUGUCUAAGUUUCAGAUGCUCGGAGAAGAGAUGGAGUUGUCUAAGGUUGUCAUUCACAUGCACCUUGUUUCCUUUUGCUGCCAUGACAAGGGGCAGUGCAGGUGGGAUUAAGAUGAUAAAAAUUCAUGACUUACCAAGAACCUUAAAACUGAUUGCACACCAGAUGAUGCAUUUCUAUACAGUUCUGAAUUUUGCAAUUUAUGGUUCUCGAUACUUAUGUGAGGUUUUAUUAUGUAUAUAUACCUGCGAGUUGCCAAAGGUGUCAUUCAUCAUAUUUCACAUUACUAAUUUUUUCUUGUAUAUUUUUUUUCUCUCUUCUUUCAGCCUCCAACUGAGAAAUUACAUCAGAUUAUCACUAGGACUUCAAGUUUUGUAAGCAAACACGGUGGGCAAUCUGAAAUUGUCUUGAGAGUCAAACAAGGAGACAACCCUACAUUUGGGUUCCUAAUGCCAGACCAUCAUCUUCACCUUUACUUUAGGUUUCUUGUUGACCAUCAAGAGCUUUUGACAGGAAAGUCUUCUGUAGAAGAGAAAAAGAACGAAAGUGAGAAGGAUGGUGGAGCUUUGUCAUUGCUUGGUUCGGUUUAUGGGACUGUAGAAGAUGAAGAUGCUAACGAAGAGUCUGCAAACGACUCCAAAACAAGUGAGUCCGCCAAAGGUGAUGAUGGUGUUAAGGUAACUGAUUCCAAUGGACCUGAAGGGUCGAAAGGAGCUGCAAAGAUUGCCUCUAAGCAUUCUCUGCCGUUGAAUGAUCAUGCAUCUUUCAUAAAAAGAAAUCCCUCUGUCAGCGCAGUAAAUGUUGUAGAGAAGAAGCAGAUCAAUACAGAAAAACUUGUGACGUCUGAUAAGUCGCAACCCAAGCUUGAACUGCAGAUUGUGGAGCCGACUACUGAGAUGAAAAGAGUGAUUGAUAAGAUAGUAGACUUCAUUCAAAAGAACGGGAAAGAACUAGAGGCUACUCUUGUUGCACAGGAUGUGAAAUACGGGAUGUUUCCAUUCUUACGUCCAUCUAGCUUAUACCAUGCAUAUUAUCGGAAGGUUCUCCAAGAAGCCGAAGAGUUAAAAUCAGGUGACAAAGGCGUUAUUAUCAGAAAAGAAGACGUGAAGCAAGAGAAGAUGGGCAAUGCUGUAAAAGAUAGCAAACACGGGUUUGGGAGUGUUUUACCAGAUGAUUCUGCCAAGAAAGAGAAACUAAAAAUGGUUAGUGACAAACCAAAGGUCGAGUUGCACAAUGAACCAUUCAAGCCUGUCCAACCGCAGAUGAGGGUCAAUGUGGAUGCGAAUACUGCUGCUGCUAUUCUUCAAGCGGCUAGAAGAGGCAUAAGGAAUCCCCAGUUGGGGAUUCUAACAGGCAAACCCAUGGAUGAGACUUCUCAGACCCUUGGAAAUGAUGUGAGUUACCCUUCAUCUAAGUCCCCUGAUUUGGCCAAAUCUACAGGUCAAUCACUCUCUGGCUCGACUGCUGCUAGUGAAGCUGAUUCUUCUGAAGCAGGCUUGUCUAAAGAGCAGAAGUUGAAGGCAGAAAGAUUGAAACGUGCAAAAAUGUUUGUGGCCAAGUUAAAACCUGAUGCGCAGCCAGUUCAACAAGCUGAACCGUCGCGAAGCAUAUCAGUCGAACCGUUGGACUCUGGGAUUUCUGGAUUAGGUGCUAAGGCUGCCAAAGAAAGAGACAGUAGCUCGAUUCCAUAUGUAGCUGAGUCAAAACUAGCGGAUGAUGGUAACAGUGAAAGACGAUCAAAGAGGAAUUACCGUUCGAGAUCACAGAGAGAUGAAGAUGGUAAGAUGGAACAAGGAGAAGAGGAAGAGAGCAGCAUGGACGAAGUUACAGAAGAAACCAAGACUGAUAAGAAGCAUUCAUGUAGUAGAAAACGGCAUAAACAUAAGACACGAUACUCUUCCAAGGACAGACAUUCUCGGGACAAGCACAAGCAUGAGAGCUCCUCAGAUGAUGAGUAUCACAGUCGUUCGCGUCAUAGACACAGACACAGCAAAUCUUCAGAUAGGCAUGAGCUUUAUGAUUCUUCUGAUAAUGAGGGUGAGCACCGACACAGAUCCAGUAAGCAUAGCAAAGACGUUGAUUAUUCUAAGGACAAGCGUAGCCAUCAUCACAGAUCCAGGAAGCAUGAAAAGCACCGUGAUUCAUCUGAUGAUGAACAUCAUCACCACCGACACAGAUCCAGUAGACGCAAGCACGAGGACUCUUCAGACGUUGAGCAUGGUCAUCGUCACAAGUCUAGUAAACGUAUAAAGAAAGAUGAGAAAACAGUGGAAGAGGAGACUGUUUCAAAGUCAGAUCAGUCUGAUCUUAAAGCAUCUCCUGGAGAUAACAUCCCGUAUCUGCAAAAUGAACCAUCUCAAGUUUCGGAUGAGCUAAGAGCCAAAAUCCGUGCCAUGUUAGCUGAUACCUUGUACGUUUCUUCUAACUGAACGACUCUUGAAGACUUUCUAGUUCUAUUUAGGUGUCUACUAGUAUUAAGUUGACAAUGUCAAUGAUUGGGUCUGAUCGAUUAGCGGGUUUGUUCGGUUUUCAGGGGAGAUGGUCGGUGAGCAUCUGAAGCAUAAAGGUCACCGAUGUUGCCUACGAGAAGAAGAGUUGUAAUAUUAAAUUUUAAUGUAUUUUGCAAACUAUUUACGAAAUUACUCUGAAAAAGACCUUUUAAAGAAACCUUUUUAAUCUGUGCAUUUGCAAACUAUAAACCUUUUAAAGAAAAAUCUGUGCUUUUGUUAAUCAGUUAAUCAUCAGACCUUAUCAUAGAAAUUUAUUUAGUAGCCAAUUUGCAUUACAAUAUUACU